CGACGUCGAAAGCAUCUUGGUGUCAUACAUACCACAUAGAACCCAACAACGACGAAAUAUCCCAAAAUCAGGGAUCAGAACGAGCCAUCUAUCUACCUUUCUGCGCAUAAGUAACCUCUUCCUGUCUGUCACUGUCAUCAUGUGUAAACACGUUCUCAACGCUCAAGUCUCCAUCCGGUCACCAUGCUGCCGCAAAUGGUUCGACUGCCCCGAAUGCCACGCCGAGUCCGAGUCGCACCCCCUUAAGAAGACACUUGAGAUGACGUUCGCCUGCAAAAAGUGCAAAAAGUGUUUCCGCAAGGAUGCGACCGAGUUCGAGGAUUCCGACGAAUACUGCCCGCACUGCGACAACCACUACAUCAUCGAGGCCGUGACGCCCAAGGCUGCUCUCAGGGUUGAGGGCGAGGAUGCGAGAAUGGAUGCGCGCAUGCUGAAGGACGAAAGAGUCAAGCAAACGAAGAAGACCAUGAACCAGAUCUCGAUAUUUGACCCGGAUGUGGAUGCUGAUAAGCUUGGUUGAGUGGUUGGGCUGUUGGAGUUGGAGUUGAAGUUGGAGUUGGAGUACGGGAUUACAACGCAGCGAGGAAGGGAAAAAGAGAUACCAUUUAGAGAAGCAUAUAAUCAAAAUGGGUGGCUUAUUGUCACUCACAUCAUAUUGCACAUC